AUGCGCUGUUUUAUACUACUAGUCACCAUUAUUGAUUGGGCUGGAUGUCAAGCUUCGCAACCUCAGUGUCAAUGCGUCACACCACCACGAGGAACGUCGCAGCCAUGUCUACCGUACGACUCGCGAUUUCAAGCUGCCACGCUCGAAGAGGCGAUGAUUUCGUUCCCGGAUCUCUCGAUCGAUCAGGAAGAGCCAGGACAGAUCGUAACCUUACAGGAACAGGAAAGCUGUCAAACGAGAGAAUGUCUUGACUGCCAGAAUGAGAUGAAGAAGAAGCUCAAAAAGGUCGGUUUGAUGCCUACAACUGCUGACGAAAUUCUCGACGUGCAAAACACGACCACUUGCAAGAAGUACCGUUUCUCCAGAAAUGACGAGGGAGUUUAUGAAAAGCAUCGCGGGCGAGAUUCUGACAGCAGUUCAGAGGAGGACGACAGGAAACACAAGUGGAAGCGGAAGGGAAGAAAGCAUGGCGGAGGUUGGAGGCACUUCAACCGGGACUUCAACCGGCGUAAGCGGCAAGUACAACCUGCAAACACCUCUGGACAGGCAAUCAUUGGCGAACGCUUCGUGUUGUCUUGCACCAUGAAAGGAAUGACAACCGACAGCAGUGGCACCGUCUCGCUGUGCUCCUCUUGUUGGAUGUGGAGACGUUUGCCGGACAACUACGCUCCUCAGUACAUCAACGAACUCGUCUGCGACACCACCGACAAGAGCUGUCUCAGCGGUUACGCCACCUGCGGAGUUGGCCAUCGAGCCGUAGAAGUUGUUCGAAAUGACAGCGGUGUGAUGACCACAGUUGCGCUGAGUGCCGGAUCUUACUGUGAAUGUCGAGCAGCGAAGAACUCCGCGAUCGAGCCUCUCGUGACUGGCACCGGUCUGAGCAGCUCGUUGCCAGCCCUCAAUCCACCGGCUGGCCCCACAUCAGGGAGUAAAUGA